UUAUAUGAAAACUUUGAAAAAUGAUGUCUGUUAAACCGUGAGUUUCUGCAAAUAGAAAUUUUGCAAAAAGCUUUCUCUUUAUGAGUACUAUAAAAAUAAUAAUUGUGAACUUCCAAAUCGAUAGACCAUAAAGGAAAGUCUAGCCUACUUAAAGAUAGGUAGAGGGAAUUUAGAUUGGAUUAUGUACUACAUAUUAAUUUCAAAUGAAAACUGCAUAGUACCUACCUACAUCAACUGCUCAACAUGAAUUAAAAUAGAUCAAUGGAAAGCUGGCAGAAUACACAAUGAUUUUAGAAUAUAUAUUAAAGUUUCAUUUGGAUGAUUGUUUUAAUGUAUUAUCAGAAAAAGAUAAUCUAGGAUAUUUUAGCAUUAAAAUCGAUUUUUUAAAAUUAUUUGAAAAUCAUCCUGAUGUGGGAGACAGAGUUCUGUGCGCUCCCAUUGAAACCCUGCCCAUAUGCGAUAAAGAUAUAGUGAAGGCCCAACAACACAUUAAAGAAUCUGAGGAAUUUAAAAAUACAGUUUCGAAAUUAGAAUAUGUUUUCGUAAAGAAGAAUGUUCAUGCCAGAUUUUAUGGUUUACCUGUUUGUCCGGAGUUACACAGAACUGUUUUCCCCAAAAAUGUAGAUCUGGGAUGUUUUUUAAAAGUAACAGGUACAGUUGUCCGAGUGACCCAGUCCAAAAUGUUGGAAUAUCAAAGAAAGUAUGUCUGUAUGAAAUGCAAAUAUGAGAAUUAUGUUCAAGCAGAAUUCGAAAGGAGAUACAUUCUUAAAUCACCAUCAAAAUGUUGUAAUAUUGAUCCAAAAUGCAGAAGUACAAUAUUCUCACAAGUGAAUCUUGUAUCCAGAGAAUACUGUAAAGAUUAUCAGGAAAUAAAAAUUCAGGAGCAAGUUAACAAGCUUAGCAUUGGUACCAUUCCAGGCUCAUUCUGGGUGGUUUUAGAAGAUGAUUUAGUAGAUUGUUGCAAACCUGGUGAUGAUGUUAUAAUUUGUGGUACUAUUCGAAGACGCUGGCGACCAUCAUUUCAAACAAAAAAAUCUGAAGUGGAACUAGUCCUCCAAGCAAAUUACAUAGAAGUGUGUAAUGCGCUAAGAUCUAAAGUGGUAGCCACAGCUCCUGACAUAAAAGAAUGCUUUGACAGUUUCUGGUCUUACUAUGAUUCGUGUCCUUUGAAAGGCAGAGAUCAUAUACUUAGAUCGAUUUGUCCUCAAGUCUACGGUCUACAUCUGGUAAAAUUGGCUGUGUUGCUCACGGUGAUUACCGGAUCGAAUCACAUAGUCGAGGAAACAGAUGAAAAGAAUACAUCCUUUGACGAUAAUCAUCAUACAAAAGUGCGGGGUCAAUGUCAUCUCCUGUUAGUUGGAGAUCCAGGCACUGGGAAGUCGCAACUGCUUCGUUCAGGAGCAGAUCUGACUUCGCGUUCGGUGUUCACUUCGGGAGCUGGCAGUACGCGAGCCGGCCUCACGUGUGCUGCGCUCAGGGAAGACGGUGAGUGGCAGCUAGAAGCUGGAGCACUGGUUCUGUCGGACGGCGGCGUCUGCUGUAUAGAUGAGAUCUCCCAGCUGAAGGAGCACGACCGCACCGUCAUACACGAGGCGAUGGAGCAACAGACAAUCUCCAUAGCCAAGGCAGGUAUAGUCUGCAAAUUGAACACACGUUGUGCUGUGAUAGCAGCCUGCAAUCCUAAGGGGAACUACGAUUCAAAUCAACCGCUCAGUAUGAAUUUAGCACUUGGAACGCCACUUUUGAGCCGAUUUGAUCUAAUUUUCAUUCUAUUGGAUACAAAAAAUAAAGCUUGGGAUAAACUUGUAUCUUCUUAUAUAUUGUUCGGUGAUUCAAAUUUAGAACAAAAUAAAAAAUAUUGGACUCUCGAAAAAUUGCAGAUGUACAUUAGUCUAGUGGGACCAAGAACGACAAAGAUGACGAAAUCGGCAAACAUUAUCCUGCAAUCGUAUUAUAUGGCCCAGAGAAAAGCCGAAAGCAGAGAUCCAUCACGUACUACCGUGAGAAUGCUGGACAGUCUGGUUAGACUAUCACAAGCUCACUGCCGUUUAAUGUAUAGAACAACAAUAUAUCCGAUGGACGCCAUUAUAGCCGUAUCUUUAGUAGAUUUAUCAAUGCAAGACUGCACUUUAUCAGACACUGCGGAUGCGCUACAUUCCAAUUUCUAUAAAUACCCUGACUUUGAAUACCUAUGCACAGCAAAAAAACUAUUAACAAAAUUAAAUUUGUACGAAAUAUGGCGAAAUGAAUUAUUACACUACGGUAAAUUACUUCAGGUCGAUCACAAAACAUUGGAACAUGAUAUUGAUAGCGGAAUCAGUAAGCUUUUCGCAAAAUAUGAUGAUGUCGCCGAUGAAAAUACACCUUUGUCAGCAUCGGUAAUAACAAGUUCUUAUUUUAAGAAAGAAGAUGAAUUGUUACAUAAUGACAAAAACAAUUUACCCGAUGAAGAUAACAAAGAUAUCAUAGAAGUAAAUAAAAUGUUGGCAGUGACAUUAAAAAAACACGCAACUUUAAAUAGAGACGAAAGAAAACCACCAGUAGCUCAGAAAAAACCUCAAAAUAAAAGAAAACGGAAAGAAGUUACUGUGAAUUCAAAAAGUCUUAAAAGUUUAGUUCCUAAAAAGCGUAAGAAAUCAAAGGAGGAAGUAAGGGAUGUCAGUAGUCCUAAAAACAUUGACGUUGACCAGAAUCAUCUCUUAAAUGCUGUGCCUAGUGUUAAUGAUGUGUUUGCAGAGUACGGUAUCAAUCUUAAGUUUGAAGAUGAAAGUCAACAUAAAUCAAGUGAUAAAAGAAUCGAAUUAAAAGAAAAUAAGAUUGAUAAUCAAAUCAUUGUUCCUAGAAUUGAAAAAAAGGAUCUUGUAGAAAAUAAAACUAAUGAUUAUCAAGAACAAAAUGCAAAUCUCUCAACAAUAAAUAAAUUGAAACAGUUCGCGUGUGAACAAAAAUAUAACAUUGAUAAAUAUGAAGAAAAAUUAUCGAUAUCUGAAUACAACAACAGUUUUAAAUUUAAUAUUGAGAAUAAAAGCACAAAUGCAGUUCAAGAUAAGUCGGAACGAAGUUCCCAAAUAUCAAUUUUUGAAAGUUCAGAUUGCGAUAUUGACUUAGAUUUAUGAAAAAAAAAAU